AUGCCUUCACGAAAGAAACCUCGUGUCCACGAGACAGUGCCCUUCAAGUCCUACCCCUGGAACAACCAUACCCUGGAACCCGAAACAAUAGUCGAGAUUUCAUCCGGUGACUUCUUGCUCAUCAAAGCUAUCUUCCGGCAAGACCAAGCCAUCAUCCUCUCCGGCCUGCUGCUCCGGAGAAACACAGACUUUGGAGGCAAGCUGCCGAAAAAGCUCAACGAAGUUUAUUUCGUCCACAGGAAGUGGGUGAGAAACAUUUCAGCAGCCGAUAUACAGCACCUUGCUGACCGUGAGGAUCCGCGCCGAACCUUGAAGGUUGACAUUGUCCACUUGAGUCCCCCUUGCCAAUACUACAGCAUGCCACAUACUAUUCUGGGAUUCGACGACGAGAACAACAAGACGCAAAUAUUCUUCACUGACGCGCUGCUGAGAAAAGCAAGGUCCUGCAUUGCAGUGUUGGAAGAAACGGCUGGACUCGUUGUUCUUAAGAAGCAUAAUGAUGCUUUCAAUAAGCUGUUGCUUUCAUCCACGAACCCGGGUUUUUCUGUGAGUUGGCAAAUUGUGCCCUUCCAGGAUCUAGGCCCUCCACAAAACAGGGAAAGGCUGGCGAUCAUCGCUUCUUGUUUGCAGCAUCGCAAGGCUUUCCUAAUUGAUUUGUCUUUCGUAAAAAAGAUUAAGGAGCAGAUUGGCAAUGCGGUGCCUCCAUCCAUUGCGGAGGUCAUCUUCGCUUAUAUUAGAAAACAUCUGGAAGAUGUUAAUGGAAUUUGCAAAUCGAAAGAGGUUGGAGAGGUGGAGGUGUACGAGGAGAGAGCGGAUGCGAUGAGAGAGGAUCGCGAGUGGGAGUAUGAGAUGGAUUCUGAGGAGAGACAUGAGGAGGAAAACAAUGAGGAGGAAAACAAUGAGGAGGAAAACAAUGAGGAGGAAAACAAUGAGGGAGGAGGAAAACAAUGA